CAAGGAUAUUAUAUAUAUAUAUAUAUAAUAUAUAAUAACCCCUAUUCGAAUUUCAACUGCUUGAAACACUGGUUAAACUAUUUUUUAAAUGUAGUGGAUAUUUUUCAUUUAGGGUCAUGAAUGUGCAUGCAAAGUUACAGCACAUAUUUGUGUUUUGGAAAGGCUUUACAAAUUUUGUUACAACUUUUGUGUUGGGGUCAUAUUGACCCCCUACAAAAAAAAAAAAAAAAAAUCAAUAUUUGCACCUCAGUGUGCUAAUUAGUCGUGACAGAGUAGUCAUUAUUUAUUUCGUGUUUAUGCAGUAAUUCUAAUUUUGAACAUACAAAUACGUAGAAUGGACCCCUACCACAACAGAAACAAUAGGAAUGGGAAUUAUUAAAUUUCUCGCAUAUUUUUAUAUUUUUAAUCUCUAGAGGUUUUCUGUUUUUACAUGAAUCUUUAGUGUUUUUCAGUGACGAUUUUUGGCAAAAUGCAUGGAAUUCAAGAGUCGAUGGGCUAUUUUCUAGUCUUAUUUAUUAAGCAUAACUGUCUGUUGAGUGUCUUUGUCUAAUUAAUAAAUUCAUAGAUUUCUGAAUGCAGUUUUGUUCAUGAGUAAUUCUGAAUGAAAGACCCACCCUCCAUCCACCAGACCCACAUAUAAAAACCUCUAGUCUUCACUCACGCGCACACACACACUAAAGAUGCGCAGACUCGUGAACACUGUCUUGUGUGAACAGGGUCAGUUGGACUGCAGGUUCUGAACUUGAAGAGAUCUACAAUUAAUAAGAUGUCUUUCUUCGCAUUAAACUUAAGCAACGCAACUUUGGAGAUGGAAGUCACCGGAGAUGAACCCCGGAACGAGCGCUUGGCUCAAAUCGAGAUCGCGCUUCUGAGCGUCAUCUUUCUCUCCGCAUCAACUCUGAACUUCGGUCUGCUGCUGGUUCUGUGGAGAAAGAGACAGCAGAUGUCCAGGAUGCGUGUGUUUGUGACCCAUCUGUGCUUGGCGGACCUGGUGGUCGCUUUCUUCCAGGUGUGUCCUCAGCUCAUGUGGGACAUAACAGACCGUUUCAUCGGUCCUGACCUCGUAUGUCGUUUAGUCAAGUAUCUGCAGAUCGUCGGCAUGUUCGCCUCCACUUACAUGAUAGUUGUGAUGACGGUGGACCGUUAUCAGGCGAUCUGCAACCCCAUGGUGACUUUCCAGAGGAGGCGCGCGCGCUGGAACUUGCCCGUGUGCGUCGCGUGGCUCGUGUCGUUCGUCUUCAGCGUCCCUCAACUGUUUAUUUUCUCCAGGGUUCAAAUCGCCCCGGGUGUCUACGACUGCUGGGCAGAGUUUAUUCAGCCGUGGGGACCUAAAGCGUACGUGACGUGGACGACACUGGUAAUAUUUCUGGUGCCCAUCGUAACUGUGACGGUGUGCCAAGUGCGCAUCUGCCGCGCGCUCCAGAUUAACCUGUACAUGAAGACGCAGCAGCAGCAGCAGCAGCAGGGAGGUGAUGGACAACCACACUCUUAUUCCUCUAGAGCCAGCAACGUGGUGUUUGUGUCCAAAUCUCGGAUUAAGACCGUGAAGAUGACAGUGGUGAUCGUGCUCGCCUACACCGUGUGCUGGGCUCCGUUCUUCACCGUGCAGCUGUGGUCUGUGUGGGACGCCGACGCGCCGACUGAGACUGCAACCUUCACCAUCCUCAUGUUGCUGGCCAGCCUGAACAGUGUUGCCAAUCCAUGUAUUUACCUGCUUUUCACUGUGAAGUUCCCCAAACUGUUGGGAACUCUCCUGUGCAUGAAACACUCAGACAUGAAGGAGUCACUGCCUGAUGAGGCUACGAUGGUCAGCUCUCUGUAUUUGAGCUUUAAACACUCUGACACACGGUGAAAAAGAAACAACACUAACAAGCAUGUUCAUUGGACACACAUGUUUUUGGACAUGUACCUUAUUAGUAUUCUUUGAAGUAUCAGUACCAUGUAAAUUGUACAUUAAUAUGGUGUGUUCAGUACCAUAGUAUACUGUAAAUAUCAAAGUACUAUGAUAUGACCAUCUGAUACCAUCACUGUACAGUAGUAUUAGCACAGUACAUUUAUGUAAAGAAAAAAUGAAACCAGCUAUUGGCGUCUCGUUGUGGAGUCUCCAUGUACUGAAGCAUAUCAAACAGCUUUUGAUGUUCAUGAUUCAUUUUUACAUUAAAUUAAUGUUCAACUCGAAUUUUACCCCCGCUUACCUUCCCCUUAUUUCAUAUGUCCCCAAAAUGAUUUUUUCUUCAUAAACUGGUCACAGUCACUUAGUGAUUUUUAUCCUUUAUUUUAUUUAAAUGUACAUAGCAAGCCGGAAAAUGAAUUGCUCACAGUGUGUGCUGUAAUCACUAUCAAAAUUAUGUACAAAAUAUAAUGUCUUUAAAUAUUGAGAAAAACAUCUAUUAGACUAUUAGGUGUAAUGUUAUAAAAAUGCUUGAACAUUCUCACUGUUUUAUGUGUCAAUAAAGUGCUUUAAAAAUGAAAUAUUUGGCAUUGAAUCAGUUCUAACAUGAUCAAGUAUAUGGUCAUUUUUAGAAAGGUAUGUUUUUACAUUGAGUCUCAUGUGAACUUCAGGUGAGAGACAAGACUAAAAAAAGAAAUAAGCCAUCUGUGGAGAGAAACAAAGCCAUGAUUAGAGUUUAAAAAGUGCAUGAACACAAAUGAUAGUAUUAUCUCAGCUGGUAAGACUAUUUGACU